AUGGGAGACAGAAUGCUGCCCAGUGUGACACAGGAGGCAAGGUCUUCCCCUGUCCCCAAGGACAGCCACCCAAAGCUUGAGCCUGUGCCCAAAUCGUCAAACUGUGGGAAGAAAAAGGAGAAAAGAAAGUGGCUGCAGCAAGAAACCAAUGCCCAGACCCUCACCAGGGCUGGCCUCACGGCUCUGCAGGCUGGUCAGGUUCAGGAGGCCUUGGGCAGCUUCCAAAAGACCUUCCUGCUAGCCUCCAAGGUCCCAUCUUCCAGAGACAGCUCUGUUCUUCAAGCCUGUGCCUUCAACCUGGGUGCCGCUCCAGUCAUAGGACUUGAGCUACUUCUGAGAGCCCAUCAUCCUGAAGAGAAGUCCAAAGGCUGGUGUCGUGCUGACCAGUGCUUCAGUGUGGCUUUGGCUUAUCAGGAGCUUGGUGAACUGACCCAAGCUUUGGACUGGUACCAUAGGGCUCUGGGCCAUUACCAGACCCAGGGUGACCAUGGGGAAACACAGGCAAAAAUGGGAACGUGCUAUUAGGCCCUGGGAUGGCCUAAGCAAGCAGCCUGCAGUUUACAGGAAGCAAGCCGGACCUAUGCUCAUGCAGGCCAGCACUGGGAUGCAGCCCUGGCUCAGGUGGCUGCCGUAAGAUGCAUGCUGAGCAGUGGGCAACGUGGGCUGAGUGAAGCGCUGCAGGUGCUGCAUGCUCUGGAGGAGCACUCUGAUGCUGACCAGAACACUGCUCGGGGCCUGCUAGGGCCGCUCUACAAUGACCUAGGCAUGGCUCACUUCCAACUUCAACUGUUUCCUCUGGCAGUAGAGGCCUUCCUGCAGGCCCUACCCUGGUGUCAACAGCCAGCAGACCAGGCAACAGUGUUUCAGAACCUUGGAGUGACCUGCAAUGUCCUUGGCCACAAUCAAGAAGCCAAGGAGUUUCACCAGAAGGCGGCCAAGCUGUAUGUUGGGUGUCUAGAACCGGAGAGGGUACUGAGCGAGGGUCACCUAGCGGUACUGAGGCUGGGCUCUAGGAACCUGGGACCCUCCCUUGUGGGAGGGUAUCGAUGCCCCAGCAGCCAAGCCCCUAUACAAAUGGAUCCGUUCUGGUUUCAGGCUCGUUGGAGCUUGGGCGGCCUGGCAUUCUCACUGAGCCAACUGGAAGACCACAGGACUGCUUGGGACAGCUAUUUCCAUACCCUGCGGCUGCCCAAGAGACUGCAUGAACCAGGUUCUGUGCGGGAGCGGCUUGUGGCCAGGCUGGUGGGUGCCAGGAGGGCCUUCUUGGCUCAGGAGAGGCUAGCCCAGGCUCAUAUCCUGGUAAUAUGA